AUGACUACAGAAUCAGAGCUACCGCCUGUCCGCUACCAACCUUUCUCCAGUAAGUACCCUGCUUCGUCAAACUCAAAUACAAUGAAAGAUCAUGAUAAGACUCUUGUUCUCCAUGGAUCCCAGAUGAACAUUACAGGGAAAAAAAUAGAGAUUGAUGGAAUGGUUCUUAAUGACACUUCACAUUUUAUUACUAAUGGCCAGCUUAAAGGCGUUUUCCCUAACGUGCGCACUCUCCGAUGCGACUUGAUUUUCGAAGUCCAGCAAAUGGACAACUUGAUCAUGCCCAAUUUGACAUCUUUGGAAAUUGAAGUGGCACCCAAGCUUAAGAGUUUACCGUCCAACUGUGGAACGUUGCGUAAUUUGAGGCUUAGUGCCGUGGGACUAGAAACAUUGGUAGGCUUCCACAGCGAGUCCCUUGUCAGAUUGGAGGUAAAAGGAUGUCCGCAGCUAGAGGAUAUUGAUGGAUUUUUUCCCUCACUGGAGGAAUUGAGCAUAUCCCAUUCUGAUUUCCUUUCUUAUAUCCCUCUAAAGUGUUCUUCAAACUUGAAAACGUUUUGCAUCAAAGGGUGUCGAAGUAUCACUACACUACAAGGCCACUAUCCAGAACUAGAAUACUUAGAUCUGGAAGAGUCCAAAGUAUUAGAGCCCAAUAUUCAAGCACCCAAGUUGCAACAAUUCAAUCUUAACUGGAACACUACCAAGAUUUCUACCAAAUAUUACAGAUUGUUUCAACAUGUGAAGGUAUUUCAAUUUCCCAAGAACGGCAAACUGAACUCAUCCAUAAUAUCUGCUAUCCUAGAAAUGGGUUACCUGACAGAGUUGGAAACUGUGGACACAGGUUCAUCAAAGAUGGGACACGAUAGAGAGCAGCUGGAGCUUUUUCAGAUCAAUAUGCUGAAUGACAAGUCCGAUCGAAAAGGGAAUCGAGAUGUUCACCAUUCCAGAACUGACAGCAAUAAAGAUACAGAACUUCGUGAGUUUGUACGUGACAUGUUUAUUUAG